AAAUCAUAGGUGGGGGAAAUGUCUGUACCAAGAUUCCAAAAAAUAAACUUUGGGACAUAUGAUAAUUACAUCCCAGUCAGUGAAUUAAGUAAAAAAUCAUGGAAUCAGCAACAUUUUGCCCUGGUAUUUCCCAAACCACCACGGCCAGGAAAAAGAAGGAGAUCAAAACCUUCCCAACUACAAGACAAAACAGUUCCUAGAUAUGAUGAAGACAAAUUAAGGGGAGGUCACAAACCACCAUUAUGGAUGCACCGUUCUUUAAUGAGAAUUUCUGAGAGACCAUCUGUUUAUUUAGCUGCUAGGAGGCAGCCUCCACAGAAACCAGCUCAACACUCCAGGGAGGAUGCUAAAGAUGUAGCAAAACCUUUAUCUCCAUCAAUAAUUAAGAAAAGUAAGGAAGACAAGAAGGACAAAUCAGAUUCAGAAGCAGAGUCCACAGUUUCAGAGGAAAAACUUAGGAAAGGUUCAAAGAAAGAACCAGGAACUAAAGAAGAGAAAGCAGAUGCAAAGAAAGAUGUCAAAAUAGAGAAAAAAGGUUCAAAGAAGGGCAAGGAGUCAGUUACAGAAUCUGAAGAUGAAAAAGCAGGUGCAAAAAAAGGUUCUAAAAAAUACAAGGAAGGUUCAAAGAAGGACAAAGACUCAGCUACAGAAUCAGAAGGUGAAAAAGGAGAUGCAAAGAAAGACUCUAAAAAAAAUAAGAAAGGGUCAAAGAAGGGCAAGGAGUCUGAUACAGAAACAGAAGGUGAAAAGGGAGAUGCAAAGAAAGAUUCAAAAAAAGAUAAGAAAGGUUCAAAGAAGGGCAAGGUGUCCAUUAUAGAAUCAGAAGGUGAAAAAGGAGAUGCAAAGAAAGAUUCUAAAAAAGAUAAGAAAGGUUCACAGAAGGGCAGGGAGUCUGCUACAGAAUCAGAAGGUGAAAAAGGAGAUGCAAAGAAAGAUUCCAAAAAAGAUAAAGGUUCAAAGAAGGGCAGGGAGUCUGCUACAGAAUCAGAAGGUGAAAAAGGAGAUGCAAAGAAAGAUUCCAAAAAAGAUAAGAAAGGUUCAAAGAAGAGCAAGGAGUCCAUUACAGAAUCAGAAGGUGAAAAGAAAGAUGGAAAGAAGGAUAAGAAAGGGAACAAGGAUUCAAAGAAACCUGGUGAGAAAGGAGAUGAAUCAAAGGACAAGAAAGAUUCAAAGAAGAAGGAGAGUAAAAAGGAUAAGAAAGAUGAAAAGAAGCCCGGUGAGGCAGAUAGUGAGUCAAAAGAUGCUGCCAAGAAAGAAAAGAAAAAUACCAAGAAAGAAAAGAAAGAUGCCAAGAAAGAAACUGACACAGAAUCUGCUGAGUCAAAGAAAGAUGCCAAGAAGGAUGCAAAGAAAGAUGCCAAGAAGGGCAAGUAG